UCGCCUCCAAUGAUCGAGUCAAUACGUUUCAAAGCUAGCCUUACCACUUUCUGUUUCAUUUUAUUUCGACAACAAGCAUUUGUGAGAGGAGGAUGGCGAACGUAGUAGACAACUGAUGUGAAGUAAAAUACUUCAUAGUUUAUGAGUUUAUGGCGGAUUGUUUGUGGCGUGUUGCGUAAAAGAGAUUUCUUGUUUUCAAACAGAUUUUAUUUCGAUUUUAUCUAAUUGAACUUUUGAUAAAAGUUAACAGAUUUCACUUUGACUUGACAAUCAAUCUGAAAAAUCUGAAUAGAAAUAUAUUCAUUUUUGUUUGUUAGCAAACAUGUCUGCAGACAAAGGUGAUAUCGAUAUUGAUAUUGAAGUAAUUAAAGAUAUUGACGUAGAUAAAGAAGAAAAUGAGCUAGCUGCUAAGGAAAAUGCAACAGCAAGCGAGGCUCUCCUCAAGCGUAAGCCAAAAAAAGUGACCAGGCAAAAUUCCAAGGAAAAUGUAGUAUCCACCGGGUUUGUCCAAGGACCUAGGUCUUGGAAAAAUAGUCGUAGGUCCCGAACUGGACAUGGCCGAGGUCUGCCAAAAAAAGGGGGUGCAGGAGGCAAAGGGGUAUGGGGUGCUCCUGGUUCUGAGCUUUUGGAAACAUAUGAAGAUAUCAAUGACCCAAAUUUUGAUAAUGAAAAUAUGAGUAACGGUGACAUAGAACUGAAGGCCAUCAUACCUGAGGUUUCAGACGAGGAAAUUAGAAAGAAGGUUGAACCGAUCGUCUUGGAAUAUUUUGAUACUGGAGACACUCAUGAAGCUGUUUUAUCGAUUGAGGAACAGAUUUCCUUGAAUCGAAGAGAUGCUCUUGUAGAGCAGUUCAUUGAAAUUGCCAUGGACCAUAAGCCAUCCCAUCGAGAAAUGACAUCGGUUCUCAUUUCAGACCUUUUUCCACAUACCAUUAAUGAGUCUGACAUUUGCAAGGCAUUUGAAAGCUUACUUGCAAAUUUGAAUGAGUUAAUUCUGGACAUUCCCGAUGCACCUACAGUAUUGGGUAAUUUUAUUGCUAGAGCUAUAGCUGAUGAUUGCAUUCCCCCAAAAUUUAUAGUAACAACGAAGGAGAAAAGUGAUGAUAAAGACUUUCAAGAAGCUCUCAUUCAUGCCGAUACUUUGCUCUCAAUGAAGCAUGGACUGGUACGGUUGCAUAAUGUGUGGGGUGUAGGAGGAGCAUUGAGACCUGUUAAAGCUCUCACCCGUCAAAUGUCGUUACUACUUCAAGAAUUCUUAUCGUCCGGAGACUUAAAUGAGGCAAGUCGUUGUUUGAGAUUGCUGGAGGUUCCCCAUUUCCAUCAUGAAUUGGUCUACGAAGCCAUUGUGAUGGCUUUGGAAGCAAACAGCCUUUCUAAAGAGGAGGCUCUUUGCACCUUACUGAAGAGCUUCUCUGACGCUGUUCUUGUAACCAUAGAUCAAAUGGAACGUGGCUUCUUUAGAGUAUUUGACGACCUUCCGGAUAUAUACAUGGAUGUCCCUUUGGCUUAUAUUAUACUGGAUCGUUUUGUGGAACGUUGCCAUAACGCAGGUUUUCUUACUGAAAACAUUUUGAAGAGAUUGCCUUCUCGUGGGCGUAAACGAUUUGUCUCCGAGGGAGAUCAGAAUCUAUUCAAGGCUCAUAAAAUUGAUCAUUGAGAUCUUAUUUGAACCAAAAAUACGUAGUUUCUCAUAAUACAUUUGUAUUUUUGUUUCUGAUAUUAGCACUAGGUGCUUAUUACUAUACAUUUUGACCGCAGUGUUACUUUUCUUUUGUAUAUGUUCUAUAUAUGAAAUAAAGACUAUUUCAAGUUUU